AAGAUGAAGAAGAUGAUGCAGAUGGCUGUCGGACCGGUCUACACAUGCGCAGUGUUGAUUUCCAAGCAACCCGUUUGACAUGCUACUUACUGCUGCCAGUCUGAUCGAAAAAAGAUUUGUACUAGAUAUGGCGUUCCGUUUGAUGGCCAGGAGGAUGUUUAGUGCUAUAGGAGAAACCUCAAUCUCUCGUCACUCCAAGAGUCGCUGGGAAAAACUGAAAAAUAGUAAAGCAGGUAUAUGGAGCUGCAGUCUGACAUCUGACUACAAAGAGGCGUGUCUCGCUAUGGUAGUUGGCAUCCGGGAGCAUCUUGUAAAAUCAUCCAUUUACAUGACCAUGCUUGGAGGUGCUUUCAUCGGUUUCUUCUCAAAGCCUGAUUACUCAUCUUUUGAGGUUGCCCUCCUUGAGUGCUCCAAUCAGCUGUGUCUGCUGUCAUCAUGGGUCCGCAAUGCAACCUCUGACAGCCAUGUGCAGAGUCUGCUUAAGCUUCGCAAUGAGGGCCGUCUGCGCCAUGUCAACCUGGGAAUGCUCUCUUUGGUUCAUUGUGUUGACCAUACCCCUGACAGCACACUGUAUGAAGCUCAGUGUUCGAGUUUGUCAGUUCUCUGGAGAGAGUUCCCUAGAUGUGUAAUGGAUGUCGGCUUUGCUGGCCACUGGUGGAUCCUGGACUCAAAGAUGACCAACUAUGAUGUUAAUGAAGAUGAGUUCAUGUACCUACCAGUGCAUAUGCGGCUAGCAUCACCAGCCACUGUUCAGGUGGUGAAAUCAAAUGAGCGACUGCACAAAGAGUCCUGGUUUGCACUGAAGUUGGAAGCUGAGGAGAAAGAAACCAUUGUGCACUGAAAAAAAAAAAAAGUUUAAUUUGAUCAUUGGUUGCGCAUGAUUAAAAUGUGGUUAACAGAUGUAAUUUCCCCUCCUCUCCUCUAAGUAAUAAGUAAAUCAAAGGACUUGCUGUGGGUCCACAUCGUUUGAUAGGUCUGACUUUUUUUAUAUUGAUGAGGUGGUGAAUUAAAGGCAGAUUGUACAAUCACGCCUUUCACACGUCCACUUUCACUUAAUAUGGAAUGUUAAUUUUGACUUAUACAGUUAUACAGAUUUUGCACUUUGUGUAUGAAUUGUGUUGUCUGUACUUUUUUAAAAUAAUGACGCUCAUGUCUUUAAGUUGCCCUUUAAGUUGGGGAUAAAGUCCACUGAAUAAAUAGUCCUUUGAAUUUACUUAAUUGGAACAUGUUCAGUAUGGAGAACCAAGAAUGCCAAAAUUAAACAAAUGUGUCAAGAAGAA